AUGGGUCAAGGAAGUGUUGGAGGGGCUUUCGCGGGUUCUGUUGGGGGUCUUGGGGCUUCUUGUGGGGUGCCUGUUGCCUCUCGUGGUAGAGGGCCGCUUAACCCAGAAGAGCCGGCGAAAUACAUCAACGAGCUUCCGAAACUGACUCAGACGGACUUGUCACAAUCAGCUGUUGUGUGCGGGAAUUGGGUCGCUCAGAUUCGGCAGAUCCUUGUGGGGUUGUCUCCUAACGCAAGUACGUGGUGGCUUGGUGUGGAGGGUCCUGCAAAUGAAGCAUAUCAAAAGUGGUUGGUGGCUGACCCACUGGGGAGGUUGGCGAUUGAUCCCUCGAUGGUAAAGGGAACCUUCGAUGCAUACGCGUUUGGCCGGGUAGAAAGUCGGGCUGUAAGCUUGCUACUUUCUGCUGUUCCACAGGGGGUUAGGGCAAAGGGUGUUACUGAAGAGUCAGCGAGUGCAGCUUCGAUUUCUCAGACACCGCAGCCAAAGGCUGCUGCCACUUCGAGUGCAACGGUGCAGCAGGAGUUGCUGGCAGAAGCUCAGAAGUUACUUAAGGGCGUAACCUUGAAGGCUGCUAGGGUUCAGGAUGGUGGUGAUCUUGCAAUUGAUAGGGCCUGGCUUCUGUCGGCUAUGGCUAGUGCGUCGGAUCCUGAUUUUGCGCUUGUGGACAGUGGAGCCACAAAUGGGUUAAGGCAAGCGGAGCCGGGCGAAUGGGAGCGUACUAGGGCCAUUCAGGUUGAUUUAGCUUCCGGAGUUGCGGAGCUUCACAUUGAUGAGAGGGGGACUCUCUUGAGCCAGGCUCCCUGCCAGGUCAUAGUCCCUGCCGGUUACUUAAUUGAACUGGGUUAUGUUGUGAGCUGGAAGAAGAAGGGCUGCUUGAUUACUCAUCCUAGGGAUGGUAGGCUUCGGGUACAGGUAGUUAAGGGAUGCCCACUGAUUCCGAGGGAUGAUGGCUUGAGAUUGCUGCGGGAGUAUGAGGGUCUUAAGGAUAAAGGAAAUUCCCCCCAACGGGCGGCGGUUUGUCGGGAGAGUGAGAUUGUUGAUCCUGCGAAUGCACGGGCUUGGUUAUGCAAGAUUCUUCGCUCCAGGGGCGAACAGGGUCCGUCUAUUGAGGAGCAGGAGUGUUUUCUCAGGGGGAUGUUUCCCGAACUGCCGGAUAAUUGUGUUCGGAGGGUAGUUUGUCCGGUGUUGGACCCUGGAGAUGUUGAUCACUCGUCUCACCCUUGGAAUCGGCGCUUUCGUCGGUCUGUUGCGCGUUCGAAGCCUGGCGGUAUCUUGCUUCAUAUGUUUGCCAACAAGAAAUCCUGGAAGGGUUUCGACCGGGUGAUUAGCCUCGGUAAGGAUUACCAGUCGGACAUCCUGAGUGACCCGGUGUUUAAGUAUGUGAUGUCGUGGGCCAGUUCAGGGAAGAUUGGUGGUUUGGUUGGAUCAUUGCCGAGAGAGUCGGUCUGGCCUGGCGGUCAAUCUUCUGGUCCCCAGGAACUUUUGAGGGGUAGGUAUGGCGAUCGUUGGGGUUUUGAGGGCUUAACCGGAGAGCAGUCUAGGGUUGUAUGCGAUGAAACGGUUCAGUGGUUCCGAUUCUUUCUGGUAUUUGCGGUAGCACAAGCGGUUAAGGAUGCUGAGAGCGCUCCGAUGAGCUGUCCUGUAGCGGAAAGGGGGGAGGAGGAGGUCCCUCCACCUGGGGUCGAGGAUCCCAAGGAUUUAGCUUUGUGGGCAUUACGGGUUGCGUCUAAGAGGAUUAGUGCUGCUGCCAUUAAGAAAGACAACGAGGGGAAUCGAUCCACUGUAUUCUUGACCUUUGAGCAUCCUUUUGAUUUCACGGAAGGUUCCGGCAUUGGUCGGACGGAGCUCGCUGGGUAUCCUUCUAUGUGGGCAUUUAGGGAGGUUCAAGAUCUCGUUGGGGUGUACGGGUUGCACAUCGCAUCAUUUGAUCAGGGAUUGCUUGGUGGCCGUAAUGGGGAGCUGACAACGAUUGCUACCUCUUCGUGGUUUCUGUAUGAGGGACUUCAUGGAGUUGGUAUAGAUUUGAAGGGUGAUCCUAGUGGGGAGUUGAGGCCUUGCAUUGAGUAUUUCGGGUGGUCCAUUGGGUUUCUAGCGCGCGUACAAGGGGCUUGGUUGGAUUGGUGUGCUGGGAAGGAAAGUGAAGCUGUCGUAGCUGAGCGGAAGGUUUGGCUAGCUAAGCUUUCUGAGAAAGAACUACUUCAGCAGCACGCUGAUAACGAUCAUGUUCCGUUUCUUCGGGGUUGCCCCGUGUGUAUAGCUGCACAGGGUAGGCAGAGAAGCCAUUGGAGGGCCGAGGUAACUAGCCUGUAUUCUCUUAGCUGUGACUUAGCUGGACCGUUUAAGGACGGGAUGAGUUUUGAUGCUACAGCUUCUGGUAGAGAUAAGGGCAAAGGGUAUAAGUACUUCUUGAGUGCUGCGUAUUCGGUGCCGGUGAAACCGGUGUAUCUUCGGCCAACGGGGGUCGAAGAGCCUCGCCCAGAGGGGGCGGAGGAUCUCGAUUACUCUCCUUCUGAAGCUGAGGGUCCGGAGGGUCAGGCUUCAGGUGUAAGCGGGUUGGAUGCUUCGCUUAUUGUAGAAUCGGGGGAGUCUGAUCUGUUUGACGCUUCGGGGGGUUUGGGCCUGAAGGCAUUGUUUCGCAGAGUCCGGGAGAAAACUUUUCCUGCUGUUGAUCCCCUGGAUUCGAGUACUUCCUUUGCGCAUCAGCGAGUCGCUGAAACAGGGCCUGAAUCUCCAGGUGAUAAGGGUCAGUCUUCGGUUGAUGGUGUAAGGGUUGAGACAAAGACUUUGUUUCUUGGGGUCCCGUUAAGAUCCAAACAUGGUCCUGCUGUUAUGGCACAGAUUCAGGCCCUUGUGUGUCGUCUUGAAAGCGCAGGGUUUCCGGUUCAUCGCUACUUUAGUGAUAGGGCUAAGGAGCUGAGGAGCCAUGAUUUGGUACGUUGGUUGCGCGAUAAGGGGAUUUACGCCUCCUUCACGGCUGGGGAAGAUCCUCAAGGUAACAAAGCGGAGUUAGGGGUGCAACAUUUGAAGCAAGGGGUCAGGAAGCUCCUGCAAGCUUCGGGUUUGAGUAGCUCCUUUUGGCCGCUAGCGCUACUGCACACUUCUAAUCGUAACUUCCACGAACUUUGUGCAGCUUUGGGUCAACCACGGCCUGCUAUGCUGAACUUUGGUGCACCUGUUGAGGCCAGAAAACGCCUUAAAUCGGGGCACAAGAAACAUUGGGAGCCGCGUACGGUUCCUGGUCGUUAUUUGGGACAGGCUCCGGAUUGUACGGGUGGACAUCUAGUUCUAGUUGGAAAAAAUUUGUCGGACCAGAAGGUUCUCCUAACCAACACGAUUUAUCCAUUGCGUCCCGAGCCUGCGCCCCCUAAACCCAAGUAUCGACUUUCGGGUAAGCGCUCGCCCGGUUUUGCAACUCGAGCUGUAGCUGCUGUGGCCAGUCUCUGGCCUUCCCGAAGACCUCGUGCAUCCAGGUUGUCACCUGGGGGGGAGUCCUCUGAGUGUUCGGAUGGAGUCCUGGGUUUUUCGAGUGAAGGCGCGGGUUCUUCCUUGCUGAGUUUGGGGGCUUCGACACCAAAGGAUUCUUCUCGGGACGUAGAGCUUGGAGAAUGGGUCGAGGUUGAUUCGGAUUUCGAAGCUGAGCAGGCGAUGUGCCUGGAUAUUCUUGAUGAAGAGGAUUCUAGGGGCUUAGAUGUUGGGUUGAAGGCGGUAGCCGAGGAACAGAAGGAGUGGUUGAAAGAGUUGAUUGCUUCCGGCUCCUACAGUACUGAUGAGGUUGUAAGGGUUUUAAGAACUUGUGCAGGCAACCUGCAACCGGCGAAUCGGAAGAUUAUGGGAGGAAAGGGUAGGUAUGCUAUUCUUGGCCUGUAUAAUCAAGGGGGUCUCAACGGUGUAACCCGGUUUGCCCUUGAUAACCAGGAAUUGGUGAGGUACUUGAAUAGGUAUGUUGAUUCGUUCGGCAUGGGUGGAAGGUAUACGACGCUGUACUUGUCAUUGAAUACUGGAGUACCAGUGCACCGGGAUAUCAGGAAUGAUAUGACGGCCCCGGUUUGGAUUGUAGCCUGCGGUGACUUUCAGGGUGGUGGCCUAUGGAUAGAGGGCGAAGCCGGUCAAGGUCCCGUGUUAAAGGUUCUUCCGAAUGGGGAGACGCGGUGUGGGUGGAUUCAGGACAUUCACGAUAAACCUUUUGUUUUUGAGGGUUCCAGGUGGCACUGUACUGAGCCUUGGGGCGGUAGGGACCGGUGGGUGAUCGCAGCCUACGUUCCUCGGGGAGCUGGAAGGGUGAUCAAGGAUCAUGCCCAACAACUUGAAAGCCUAGGGUUCAACUGUGAUGGUUUGAUUCCUGGGAUUGGGAAUUCAGGGAUCUCGAUUUCGAAGUGUAACCAGGCGUCGGUAUCGUUUGCCGAUGAUGAUGCCCUUAGCGUUGAGGGUUCCUGUGUUGAUGACGAGUAUCAAACUUCUGAGAAUGACAUUUCUUGGGAGAUUGAUUUUCCGUGUGAAGUGCUUGAGGGUGAUUGGUAUCCAAAUGUCGUUCAAGCUCAUGCUGAGACCGCACGCUUGUGCAGGGUCCUAUCACAAGAGCUGGGCGGAUGUUGGGAUUCGUUCUGCUUUGAUGGAUUGUUCGGGCGGCUGAGAGCGGCUGAGAAUCAAAGGGAUUGGUAUGAAGGGCUUCUCUGGGAUGAGUUUCUUCGGGAUUCCGCGAUAUCCUUGAGGUCACUAAGUACAGUUCCUUUGGGCAGUGAUGAGCCGUUACCGGCUUCAGAGGUGUUCCUUCAAACUAGGACGGUCUCUAUGACGGAAGCUAGGCGGGAACUUCCGUUGUGGAUUCCACCGGCGCAGGAGGAAGUUACGUCUCUUGAGGAUGUCCAUGAAGCAGUCAUUAGAAUACAAGUUCCGGAUAUCGAGGCCCUUGUUAAGACUGGUCAUCGGGUUGUUCAGGUUCCGGGGAAGGCCGUGCUUACGCGGAAGUCCGGUGUAGGUAAACGUCGGUUUCGAUGCGUGGCAUGUGGGAACUUUAUCCCUCAAAAUGAGAACGCCCAGAGCCUCUACACCACUGGAGUUGAGGGUGUGACUUUAAGGGUAGCACUUGCUUAUGCUGCACAUAUGUCUUGGGUUGGCCGGACCGCCGACAUUAAGACUGCAUUCCUGAAUGCCCCCUUAGAGGAAGGCUACGAUAAUGGGACAGAGGAGAUUGUAGUUGUACGCCCUCCUCACAUUCUUGUGGAAAUGGGACUCCUUGGUGUCACUGAUCGGUGGCGGGUAGUUAAGGCCCUUUACGGUCUAAGACAGGCUCCGAAGGCUUGGGCUGUGCACCGGGAUAAGAUUUUAAAGGCUUUUGAGUUCGUGUACAAGGGUUCGCGCUUUGUCCUGAAGCAAGCGAUUGCUGAUGAGUCGUUAUGGUACAUUAUAAAGGCGGACAUCUCGGAUGCUAACAACUAUGCCCUGAUGGUCGUGUACGUCGACGACAUCUUGGGAUUGGGACCGAGGGACCUUUUGGUAUCGCUCUUCGAAGCCAUUAAGAAUAUUUGGACGAUUUCUGAACCAGAGUGGAUUGUCAAGGAGAAAUCUGUAAAGUUCUGCGGCAUUGAGUUGUGGGCACUUGAUGACGGCUUCCGUAUGUCUCAGUCGGAUUACUUGAGGGAGCUAUUCGCGAGGUAUAACAUUUCCACUGGUGCGAGCUGUCCUAUGUCAUCCUGGAGCGAACCGGAACCCGAGGUAGAUGCAACAACAGAUCUGAUCAAGGAAGCCCAAGGGGUCACAGGUGCACUCCUAUGGGCUGCUUCGAAAAGCAGACCGGACAUCAGCUACUCUGUCUGUAAGCUUGGGCAGUACGCAACAAAAUCGCCGGGUAUCGUCGUCAAGGCUGGUAUGCAAAUCCUUAAGUAUCUCUUUGACACUGUAGAGCUGGGCAUUGAAUACAAGCGAACAGCAGGCACAGCUUGGUUGGACACACCAAUCCCGAGAACGGUUGGUACGGUAGAGGUGUUCACUGAUGCUUCACACGCGCCGGAGGGGGCUAGAAGCCACCAAGCGAUUAUGGUGAUGUGGCUUGGCAGUCUUAUCGCUUGGGAUUCAUCCAGACAACCUUUCACAACACUGUCCAGUGCAGAGAGCGAGCUGGUGGCCAUAAUAUCUGGGGUGUGCGCCGCGGAAUCAGUCGGGGCUAUCUUGGAGGAAUUAGUCGCUGAAGACCUUGUGGUAUCGGCGAUGUCCGACAAUCAAGCAUCAAUCCGAAGCUUCGCUGCUGGAAGCCAUGGCUGGCGUAACCGCCACUUAAGAAUGCGCGCGGCCUCGUGCCGCGAAAGAAUCGAAUCUGGUAGUCUAAUUGUCUCCUUUGUACCUGGAGAGCGGCAGCUGGCCGACUUAAGCACCAAACCGCUGGCAAGACCAAGAAUUAUGUACCUACUAAAUCUGCUUUCAAUCCGUGCGAGGUCGCAGGAUCAGGAGGUUGAUAAUCACGGACGGGUGUUGAGUAGGCUCUGGUUGACUUCGCAGCUUAAACCGGUGGGUUCAGCCCACAUGUUGGCGGGGUUAGCGUUGCUUGCAGCCAUACCGGAAGUGAGAGCGCAGCCUAGUGGAGAUGCGGCUUUGGAGUACUAUGGAUGGUUUAGCUGGUUGAUUAUGUGGAUACUUACCGGGGUCGGUUUAGCUUUAGCUUGGUGGUUUGUGUUUCGCAACGCGGAUGCGGACAAUCUUGAGGAGCAACCGCUUGAAGCAUCCCAAGAGUCUGGCGUGCAUGAGCUUGCUGGUCAGGGUGAUCACGGGUUGUUUGGUUCGGAUGCGGUUGCGGGUUUAGGAUCGGGUUCUCUGACUGGGGGGAGUAGCUCUAGUGGUGAUCCAGCUGGGCUGCUGCAUCAGCAUGCUGCCGAAGCGCUUUUAAAUCAGAGUGAACCAGCUGAGCCAAGUUUAGAUUAUGAGGAUCUGGUCCAAGGGGACGAGGAACCGGUGUUUCCCCUGGCCCUGGUAGGAGGGUAUCUAGUUCGGCAUUUCUUGGUACAGCUGUUGUCGGUAGAAGGGGAAAGGGUUUUGAUGUUCCUUGGGGAUAGGUCUGAGUCUUGGUUUAGGCUUCGGUUGACCUCUACUCAAGUUAGGUUUGGAGCAGCUGGUUCACUGGUUGAGAUUCUUAGGCAAGGACCUUGGGCAUUGGUUUUUAAUGGGCCUCAGUGGCUACUUGCCACAGAGGAAUACAUCCGACGGGGGUGUGUUGAUCCGGGCUUUGAAGAACCAUUCGGAGCAUCUCUGUCAAAUGUGGCACAAUCAUCUCAUGAGGUUCCCGUCAGUGGUGAGCUUACUGAGUUCCCCUAUGUCAUUUGGGCUCCUUCUGACUUUGUUCAUUACCUGAGACGAUUGCUGGCUUUGAACGGCGCCACAUUGUUGAGCUUGCUUGGUAACCAGUCGGUCGAAUGGGUGCGGCUGAGGACCGUGUCGAGAUCCUUUCAAUCUGGGGUCGUGCUUGCUUUAGUGGUAUGGCUUCAGGGUCGAGGGAUGAUUAGCCGAAUGCUUGACGGUCCAGUGUCCUAUGACGUAGCCACCGCUUACAUUACUGGGCGCAUUGCGCCAGAUUCCGAGAGCGAAGAUGAAGCAUUGGAUGAUUAUCCGCAUCGCGAUCCCGCCUACCAACAGCAUCCUCCGGUGCCAGUGUUUGCUCAGAUGUUUCAAGAAGCUUUUGAGGAAGCUACUUCGUCUGAUGCGAGUGUGACUUCUACUACCGAGCCAUCGGUUUGGAGUGCGAGUUCUAGUGAAGUUGAGGAGCUUGGGCAAGUCGAGGAAGUCGCUGAUAGCUUGAGUCCUUCUGCUGAGGCUGUAGCUGGGGUCCGAUACGAAGCUGAAGACGGGAAGCUUUUGGUUUACUAUGUCGAUGAUGUAUUAGUUGUUCCUCUGCCGGGGUGGAGCCUCGCGCAGGUUCUGGUGGUAGUUCAAGGGCUACGCACAGGCGUUUGGGAUAACUUUCAAGAGGCCUUGGAGGCUGUUUCAGGUGACGGGGCAGAAGCUCCUGGGUCUUAA